CCAAAUCUUUGCUUCUUUUCUCAAAAUGGCUCCUACAGAUCCCGAAACCUGGACCCAUGGACCCUCCAUCAUCAAGGAGAACGAACUUCGAGAGGUGGCCAUGCUCCUGGGCAAGGGCUUCCGGGUCCACCAUCCCGAUGCCAUUGGGGGGAUUAGUCUAUCCCACAAUCCAAAUCCCCAGAAGUACAUGGUCAUGCAAUAUCAUUCUGUGGAAAAUGGUUUUAGGUUGCCCCUCCACGGUCUGCUUCGCGGUCUCUGCCUCCAUUUCGGAUUUGCUCCAGGUCAAUUGACUACCAACGCGCACAAGUAUGUCGCGUCUUUCAUCUUGCGCUGCUGCGCCCUGGACAGAAUCCCAUCAUUGGAUGAAUUCUUUCUCCUCUUCAGUAUCGGUGGUUUCCCCUUCUACAGCCUAUAUCCCCACAACCAUUUCCCAAUUUUUGAAAAGGUUGAGUUCAAGCAUGAAAAAUGGUCACUGAGAUACUUCGUUAUUGAGUUCCCGGCUCACAGCCCCCUUGAUCUACCAGGUGUUGUCCUCCGCCGUUCCAUUUCCCGGACGAAAUUUGCUGCAGCAGGAUUAGCGGAGGGAGUGUACAACGCCUUGAGAGAAAAAGAAGGUUUAAUUUCACACCACUCCCUUCAAGACGCCCGACUGUACAAGAAGGCGGGUUUUUACUACCCCCUGGGUCCUGACCCGUUUCCAUUUGAAGGCGUGCCUUCUCCCGAGAAACCAAAGGCUCCUUCUGCUACAGAGUCAAACCCAGCCAUGAGAUCUCCCGGGAAUCAAUCCCAAGGCAACUCUACUGCGGCCACGGGAGGGAGUCACUGAUGAUGAUUUCCUUCCCAAGAAAAACAAGGGUGAUAA